GCAGGAAAAGCAUUUAGGAAGUUUCUUCCCCUCUUUGACCGUGUACUGGUUGAACGAUGUGCAGCCGAGACAGUAACCAAAGGAGGAAUCAUGAUUCCAGAAAAAUCUCAAGGGAAGGUGCUACAAGCAACAGUAGUAGCAGUUGGAUCUGGAAGCAAAGGAAAGAAUGGUGAGAUUCAGCCAGUGAGUGUGAAAGUUGGUGAAAAGGUUUUGCUACCAGAGUAUGGGGGUACUAAGAUCGUGCUAGAAGAUAAGGACUAUUACUUGUUUAGAGAUGGUGACAUUCUUGGGAAGUACCUGGACUAAACCUGUUGCAGUAUCAGUCAUCCAUUCCACAAAAAUGCUGAAAUCUUUCUUUCAUCAUGUAAAUAAUGUCCUUUAUUUUAUAAUAAGCAGGCAUUGAGUCUCUGAAAUAACUUGUGAUCGCACUGUAACGAUGGAACGCAAAUAAAAACAUGUACAGUCAGAAACCAGUUGCUCUUGCUUGAGUUCCAUUGAACAGUGAAAUUUGGAUGACCACCAACCAGCCUUAAUUAUUCCAAACAACACCAUUUUAUAUACUUAUCUCUGUACUGAGAUUGUGAAGGUAUUUACAAUAAACUUGUAAAACU